GUGUAACUGACCGUGCGGCGCCGGUUGUUCGAAGCUGAGCGCUGGGGAAGGGAGAGGGGACCCGGCAGCCCCGGGCGCUCCGGAAAUGGAGGGGAAAAAACGUCUUUGCUUCCAGUCUGAUCAACAAUUGCAAAAAAUCCAGCAGCUGGAAGCAGAACUAAAAACAGCCAGAGACUUGCUGAAGGAGAGCCAGAAUUACGCUGAAGAGAUGAAAAAUAAGUAUUUAUCUCAGGAAAUAGAAUUGAAAGAGAAACAAGCUGAGAUUACCCAUCUGCAGAAGCUGUCUGCAGCUGAGUUGGCUUCUUUAAAAAAGGAAAUGAUUAAUAUCAAGGCUCAGCAAAAGAAAAUGAAAGAGCAACUUAAUAUCUCACUUCACGAAAAUGAGCAACUGAGCAAGCCUGGAAGCCUCUUUCAACCAGGGAAUGGGACCCAAAAUUUAGGUCACAAUGGAGUGGGAAUUGUGCCUGUCUGUUUAUCAGGUACCCAGCCGCCCCGGAGGAGGAAGAGGCUGGACUGGGGGGAGCUAAAGAGCUCUGAGCCUACCCCGCAAAGGGUCAAGCGCCGACCCGGAAGUAUAAAGGCGGGCCUUCCGAGCUCAGUGGGAGGUCAGCGACCAGAGCGAGCGGACGUCCUUCCGGGAGUUCGGCGCCAGGAGGCUUCUACCCUCCCCCGUGCUCGCUACCCCGAGGAGCUGCCGGAGCUCCCCUGGACCACCGUUCCGGAGGAGUUGCCGGACCUGCCACCCAGCCCCGUCCGAGACGAACCCAUGCACCUGGACCCGGUGGAGGAUGACCCCAGGAUCCAGGUGCUGAUGAGGUUGCCAUCUACGUACAUUCACUGACCCAGGACAAUGAGCCAGAGUAUGAGCCAGACGGACUCCCAGAGGUGGUCAAAAAAGGUAGAUGAUACUCAACAGUGCCAAGCAGAAACAGCUAUUAAACCCAUGGAAUCUAGUUCAAGAUCUCCUCUUUUCAUAAAUAAUCAACUCACAAAAGCUGUUGCUGAGAACUCUGGGGAGAAUCUCAACACACACAAAGGCAGAUGUUCCUUGAGCACACAAAAACUACCUGGUCAAAAUGAACAAGACAAACCGUAUGAUACAGUAAACCUGAGUAGUAUAUGGGCCCUACCAUGAAUCAAACCCUAACCCUGCCUCUUGACCCCUUACACUCCUCCCACCUGUCUCCAGAAGUCCCGCCCCAGGGGGUAUUACUUCUGGGGUACAGAUGACCGGAAGCAAGGUGUGUGUCACGUGACCCCUCUAAGGACUGCUCCCAGUGCCCAGUACCAAUGAGGUUGGGUUUUCCCCUGAUAGUACUGCCCUGAGAGGAAAUUUGACCAGUCAGGGUGAGUUCCAGGGCGGAGUGACCUGUCAGGAAGUGGGUCGUGUGACCCCUCUAAGAACUCCUCCCAAUGCCCUCUGCCAAUCAGAGAGCAGCACCAUUACCCCAGCUCCGGGCAGAGGAGGCCAUCUCUUACCAAGGACACGUG